AUGUUCUGGGGGAUUGCUGCUGCUGCUGCAGGGCUGUGGGUGUUGAAGUCGAUGGCCUCGAUCAACAAGGCUCGCAAGAGCUUAGGUGACUGCCCGGGAGGAGAGAUCCUGCUAUUUCAUCCAUUCCGGACGUUGUCGAUGGUUGUAGGAUCGCACUUUCCAUUCCCCGGUCAGAUUGGGACGUAUUUCGGCAAGUUCAACGUGUACAAGAAGUACGGCAGCACUUGCUUGAGCUCGAUCGUGUUCUAUAAUGCCAUACCGACCUUUUGGUUGUCUGAUGCUGACGCUAUCAAGGUCGUUAGCACAGAUCGGACUGUUUUCCAAAAAGAUGUGGAAGCCUAUGAAACUCUCAACAUCUACGGCCCAAAUCUUGUUGGGACGGAAGGUUUAGACUGGAAACGCCACAGAAGGAUUGCAAAUCCUGCCUUCAAUGAGGCCAAUAACGCGUUCGUCUGGUCGGAAACGACGCGUUUCAUUACCGAGUGGUUCACCGAAAUCGACAAAUCCCAAGCGAGUAGCCAAGUCUCGAACGUCCCAGUAGACCUGCUUAAGGAUCUUACACAACUGACGCUGCUUAUCAUAUCGUCUGCUGGUUUCUCCCGCCGUGUCUCCUGGAACGACGACUCAUCUCUCGUCCCACCACCCGGUCACACUAUGGCGUUCCAGCCAGCAGUCGCCUCUGCUAUCCAUCACACCAUUGUCAAGAUCUUAACUCCUGAUUUCCUCUAUUCGUUGUGUUCUAAAAUCAAUAUCCCCUUCAUAUCUCCGGUGCUCAGGGAAACCACAGCUUCCUUUGAGGCACUUCGAAUGCACAUGCUGGAAGUUGUUUCAUCAGCGAGAGCCUGGAUAUUGGAUAACAAGGGCGGGCCCAAAGACGGGAAAAUGGAUGCUGCAUUACUCAGGAAUUUGGUGGAAGCCAACUUGGCUGAGGGUAGUGAUUACAGAGGCUUAACGGACGACGAGUUACUAUCCAAUACAUUUACAUUCCUUUUAGCUGGUCAUGGCGAGUCCAUCGCUACUCUGGCGGGGUCUCAUUCCGUAUUCCUCGCCCUGUAUCCUGAAAUCCAAGACAAAAUCUACGAAGAGGCCAUCAAAUUAUGGCCAGAUGGUGUGCCAGAAAUAGCCGAUCUUUCCGCGUACAAAGAUUCGAUGCCUAAGCUCGAAUACACCAUCGCUACCUUCCAUGAAACUCUCCGACACUUCCCUCCCGUAUCACGCCUAGGUAAACCGGUCCACGCCGAUACGACGCUCAAGGCGAGAAGGUUCACAACCAACAUACAACACUCCAAAUCCGCAGACCUCCAAGAGGUAUCAAAUGUCGAGGAAUUCGUGGUUCCUAUACCCAAGGGCAGCAUCGUCAUCGUCGAUAUAUACGGCUUGCAUCUCAACCCGGUGCAUUGGGGCCCAGACGUCACUGAAUUUAGACCUGAUCGGUUUAUUGAUACUGAGUCGUAUCGUUGGCCACGGGAUGCGUUCCUAGCAUUUUCUUCGGGCCCUCGCUCUUGCAUCGGGCAGCGCUUCUCUACUACAGAGAGCGCGUGCAUCCUUGCAUCCCUCGUUCGGAAGUACGAGAUCCUCGUGCCAGGCGAUUUGAAGUCGCUGUCCUUUGAAGAGAGGAAGAAAGUCAUGUUGGGGUGUACGACGGGGAUCACACUGACGCCGACGAGUGCAAGGGUUGAGCUGAAGAAGAGGGUGUAA